AUGACCACCUCUCUCAAACCCCUCGUCCUCUGGGGCGUCGAGCACGGCCCCAACCCGUGGAAAGUCGCCUUUGCCCUCGACGAGCUCGCCAUCCCGUACACGCACCGCAUCAUCGACUUUUCCUCCACCAAGACGCCGCCCUUCAUCGACAUCAGCCCCAACGGCCGCGUGCCCGCGCUCGAGGACCCCAACACGGGCACCACGCUCUGGGAAUCCGGCGCCAUCCUCGAGUACCUCGUCGAGACCUACGACGACCAGCAGCACCGCCUGUCCUUCCCGCGCGGCAGCCCCGACUACUUCCUCGCCAAGCAGUGGUUGCACUUUCAGGUCUCGGGCCAGGGGCCGUACUUUGGCCAGGCCGUGUGGUUCAGCAAGCACCACGCGGAGCGGCUGCGGAGCGCCGUCGAGCGCUACGUCGACGAGGUGCGCCGCGUGACGGGCGUGGUGGACAAGGCGCUGCAAGGUGGAGAGUACCUGGUCGGCGGGAGGUAUAGCUACGCGGACGUGGCGUUUCUGCCGUGGUUCAUGAUUGCGUACUACCCGUGGUACGCGCGCGACCAGCCGGGCACGUUUGCGGAGCAGGUGCCGCUGGACGAGUUUCCGAAUGUCAAGGCGUGGUUGGAGAGGAUUCGGGCGCGGCCCGUCACGGCCAAGUCUUUGGAGGACAAGUUUGUGACGAUUGAGAAGCGGCACAAAGAUGCUGCUUGA